AAUCCUCUGCCACACCACACUCUCACCCAAAAUGCUGCACACCCAACUGCACAUUCAACUGCUUCAACCUCCUCCCCUUCAUCGCCAUGCGCUGUCGUUCUCCGCCUAUGGUCGUCGGAAAUUCACCACCACUUCCGCCGCCACGGCAGUCGCCGUAGGGAAAAGCUGUUUCGGAAAGGGAGUCUGGAAUGGCGUGAGCAGGAGUAUAAGGAACUCGGCGACUAAGGAAUUGAGUGAAGUUGAGGAGCAAGAUCGUAAGGAGUCGAUAAGGAGGGCAUACCCUUUCCACGAAAUUGAGCCUCGGUGGCAGCGAUUUUGGGAGGAGAAUCGCACUUUUCGAACCCCUGACGAUGUUGAUACUUCCAAACCCAAGUUCUACGUUCUUGACAUGUUCCCUUAUCCCAGUGGAGCUGGGUUACAUGUUGGCCAUCCAUUGGGGUAUACUGCCACUGAUAUUCUUGCUAGAUUCAAACGCAUGCAAGGUUACAAUGUUUUGCAUCCAAUGGGAUGGGACGCGUUUGGGUUGCCUGCAGAGCAAUAUGCCAUUGAGACAGGAACUCAUCCAAAAAUUACAACAACGAGGAACAUUGCACGUUUCCGUUCACAGCUUAAAUCAUUAGGCUUCUCAUAUGACUGGGAACGUGAAAUUUCCACGAUAGAACCAGAAUACUAUAAAUGGACGCAGUGGAUCUUUCUUCAGCUUCUAAAAAGAGGAUUAGCAUAUCAAGCUGAAGUGCCAGUCAACUGGUGCCCUGCUCUUGGUACUGUCUUGGCAAAUGAGGAGGUUGUAGAUGGUGUAAGUGAACGUGGUGGUCAUCCAGUAAUAAGAAAGCCAAUGCGACAGUGGAUUCUCAAGAUCACUGCAUAUGCUGACCGUCUUCUUGAAGAUUUAGAUGAUCUUAAUUGGCCUGAAAGUGUGAAGGAAAUGCAGAGGAAUUGGAUAGGGAGAUCAGAAGGGGCUGAGGUGGAAUUUUGUGUGCUCAACUCUGAUGGCCAGGAAAGUGACAAUAAAAUUACUGUAUAUACAACCAGGCCAGAUACCAUCUUUGGAGCAACCUAUCUUGUCCUGGCACCUGAGCAUUUCUUGCUGUCAUCCUUAGUAUCUACUGUCCAAAGCAAAUAUGUGGAGGAAUACAAAGAGAUUGCCUCAAGAAAGAGUGACCUUGAAAGGACUGAGCUUCAGAAGGAAAAAACUGGGGUCUUCAGUGGUGCUUAUGCAAGAAAUCCAGCUAAUGGGGAAGCAAUCCCGAUUUGGGUAGCAGAUUAUGUUUUGGGGAGCUAUGGUACAGGAGCAAUAAUGGCAGUACCAGCACACGACACUCGUGACCAUGAGUUUGCUUUGAAAUAUGAUAUCCCAAUUUGUUGGGUUGUGACCCCAAAUGAUAUAAAUGGUGAUGAUUUUGAAAAACCUUAUCCAGGAGAGGGUUUGAUUAUAAAUUCGUCAAGUUCAACAACAGCGCUUGACAUUAAUGGUUUGUCUAGCAAAGUAGCUGCUUCCAAAGUCAUUGAGUGGGCUGAGAAAACUGCGCAUGGGAAGAAAAAGGUGAACUACAAGUUGAGGGACUGGCUUUUUGCCCGGCAACGUUACUGGGGGGAACCUAUCCCUGUUAGUUUUUUGGAUGACAGUGGUGAAAGUGUUCCUCUUCCUGAAACUGAACUGCCUCUUACCCUUCCUGAAUUGGAUGAUUUCACUCCCACUGGAACAGGAGAACCACCACUAUCAAAAGCAGUGUCUUGGGUUAAAACCACAGAUCCUUUAUCUGGAAAACCUGCCAGACGAGAAACAAGCACCAUGCCUCAGUGGGCUGGUUCUUGCUGGUACUAUUUGAGGUUUAUGGAUCCAAAAAAUUCGGACUCUUUGGUUGACAAAAAGAAAGAAAUGUAUUGGAGCCCAGUUGAUGUGUAUGUCGGUGGUGCUGAACAUGCUGUUCUUCACUUGCUUUAUUCUAGGUUCUGGCAUAAGGUUCUCUAUGACAUUGGUGUCGUGUCUACAAAAGAACCCUUCAAAUGCGUCAUAAACCAGGGGAUCAUCCUUGGGGAAGUCCAAUAUAUGGCGUGUAAAGACCAAGAUGGCAAUUAUAUAUCUGCAGAGACUGCUGCUACAUUGGGCGAGCAAGCUCAAGAGAGAAUACCUGAGGAAAAAGUAACAAAAUCUGGAGAAUACUUUGUACUAAAAGAAAAUCCUGACAUUCGUUUGAUUGCUCGUGCACACAAAAUGAGUAAAAGUAGGGGAAAUGUCAUCAAUCCUGAUGAUGUUGUUUUGGAGUAUGGUGCAGAUUCUCUUCGCUUAUAUGAAAUGUUCAUGGGACCAUUUAGAGACUCAAAAGUCUGGAAUACUAGUGGUAUUGAAGGUGUUCAUCGAUUCCUGGGUAGAACUUGGAGGUUGAUUGUUGGUGCACCUUUACCUAAUGGUGCAUACAGUGAUGGAACAGUGGUAGUUGAUGGUGAACCUACUGUAGAUCAGCUUCGUUCUCUUCAUAGAUGCAUUGAUAAGGUGACAGAGGAAAUUGAUGGGACACGGUUCAACACUGGAAUUUCCGCAAUGAUGGAAUUCAUCAAUGCUGCAUAUAAGUGGGAUAAACAUCCAAGAUCAAUCAUUGAAGCAUUUGUUUUGUUGCUUUCACCAUAUGCACCCCACAUGGCUGAGGAGCUUUGGUUUCGCCUUGGACACAAAAGCUCAUUGGCUUACGAGACUUUUCCUAAGGCCAAUCCCGCUUACCUGAAAGACUCCACCAUUGUCCUGCCGGUUCAGAUCAAUGGCAAGAUGAGGGGUACCAUUGAGGUUGAAGAAGGAUGUGCAGAGGAGGAUGCCUUCAACUUAGCUUCAUCAGAUGAGAGACUGUCCAAGUUUUUGGACGGCAAAAGUAUCAAAAAGAGAAUUUAUGUUCCUGGUAAGAUCCUGAAUGUUAUCUUGGACUCUAAAAAUGUCAAGGUGGGAACACGGUAGCAGUCGCGAAGGUCGAAGAAAAGCAGCAGUUUUCUAGCAGAAUGAUCUGAAGUGCAACUCAGUAGGAAAAAGGAUAGAGAAAGAAGAUCCCAUUGGAGACUUCACUUGGUGUAUUAGAGUCAGGGUGAAUUUUUUAAUUUUGCAGCAGCAGGAGUCGAUGGAUCUAUAGUUCCAAAAACAUGUGAAAAUGGCUUGAAAUUACAUCCAUCACUCAUGUAUUCCCACAUUUUUUAAUGGAUAGUUGAAAUUUUUGUUUCAUGUCUCUUCAAUAUUGUAAAGGAAGAUGGUAUGGUAUAGAUUCAGUAUCAUAUUGAACUCGUUUAAAUGUAUUAUAAAAUUUGAAACAUUGAUCAA